AUGUCCGGAAAGUUUGGUACAAGAAAGACGUUCAAACCUUCAAAUGACAAUGUUGAAAACUUUCACAGGCAGUUAACGGGAAUAAAAAGCAUAAAAGAAGAAAUACCCUUUCUUGUAGUGUAUCUGACAGACUACUUUUUCUUCACAGAGGAGAAGAAAAAACUAGUUCGAGAGUUUGAUGAGAAACAGCGCGAAGCAAAUGAAACGCUGCGGGAGAUGGAGGAAGAGCUGAAAUUUGCUCCUCUGCCGUUCCGCAACCAAAUGAUGAGCAAAAUCCGGGCGUACAGGAGAGACCUCUCCAUGUUCCAGAGAGAGAUGAGAAGCACAGAUUUGGGACUGGGCCCUGGAAGUCAAGGCGAUAUGAGAUACGGAAUCUUCUCCACAGAAAAUGAGCAGAGUACUAAUCUGCAGUCACAGAGAGUGCUGCUGCUCCAGGGAACAGACAGCCUGAACCGAGCCAGUCAGAGCAUUGAGCGCUCGCACCGAAUUGCUGCUGAAACAGAUCAGAUUGGCACUGAUAUCAUCGAAGAACUCGGGGAGCAGCGGGAGCAACUGGAACGCACCAGGAGCAGAUUGGUGAAUACAAGUGAGAACUUGAGCAAGAGCCGCAAGAUUCUACGUUCCAUGUCCAGGAGAAUAACCACUAAUAAAUUGUUGCUGUCCAUCAUCAUCAUCCUGGAGCUGGCCAUCCUAGGUGGGCUGGUCUACUACAAGUUCUUUCGCAGCAGAUGAACCUUCAUGACUGAGAUGAGCUCUUCCCCCACUGAGGAACCAGCUGGGCUGUCUGUUCCCUUUGACUGUCUGAGGACUGAACUCUCUCAUGAGACACUUGUCCAACUGAAACUGUACUGACACUAGAAAGACAGUGAAUGGGAGUAAAAGGCAGAGACAGACUUGAACUACUGGUAAGACUAAUAAGAAGGUAAUAAAUAUUUUAUUGUCUCAAUUUGUAUAUACUUAACUAAAUGAAUAAAUCUUGGUAUGUACUAAAGUAGCCACUGACCAGUGGAAAA